AUGGCACCACCUCGGAAUCUGUUGCUUUUCGGUGCCACGGGCACAAUCGGCUCGUACAUCCUUGAUGCCAUCCUGUCGACUCGGGAUCAAUUCGGCCGCAUUGCUAUUUUCACCUCGGCUCGCACGGCUGAGACGAAGGCCUCGGAUUUGAACGAACUGAAGACACAGAAGAACGUCGAGGUAAUUGUCGGCAAUGUCGAGGAUGAGAAUGCAGUCAAGGCUGCGUACAAGGGUAUGCACCACAGCGCAGCACAUUUUGAUCAAAUCAAGCUGACAAGACUAUCAGGUAUUGACACUGUCAUCUCCGCACUCGGCCGCACCGCUUUAGCCCUGCAAAUCCCUUUAAUCAAACUCGCGGCGGCUAGCUCCAGUGUGAAAUGGUUCCUGCCGUCGGAGUAUGGAACCGACAUUGCGUAUGGCCCGGCCUCCGUAAACGAAAAGCCGCACCAACAGAAGCUGAAAGUGCGCGCGCUGCUUGAGAAGGAAAUCUCGCGAGCAGACCUCGAGUACACGUACGUUGUGACGGGGCCUUUUGCAGACAUGUACCUACACCUACUGCCCGGGCUGGAAGAGGCGGGUGGAUGGGAUGUCAAGGCGAAGAAGGCGGUGCUACUGGGAGAGAAGGGCGAGGAUAAAAUCAGUCUAACGACGAUGACAGACCCUGAAAUCCGUAACCGCGCUCUCUGCGUCAACUCGUUCACUACCAGCCCUGCUCAGAUUCAGGCGGAGUUUGAACGUCAGACUGGCAGCAAGUGGAAUUCCAUCUCAUACACUUCGCUACCACGUCUGCGAGAGCUGGAGGCGAAGGCGUGGGAGGAUGGCAAGCCGGCGGCAACGGCAGUGACACUGCGGCGCAUCUGGACGGAAGGUGGUACGCUGUAUGCACAGCGGGACAAUGUCAGGAUUAGAGAGCCGCGCAUGAUGGGCCUGGAAGAGGUUGUGAGGAACGAGAUCAGCCGGGUUCUGGGUUCAUCGCUGUAG